UACAGCAGUAGUCGAGAGGCACACAGCUCCGCGAUCAUCAUGGUGCUGCGGACGUUGUCGCUCGCACUUCCCUUCGCAUCGCUGCUGGCAGAGUCUUUUGUUGUACCGCCGCCAAGCUUGUCGCUCUCAUCGGCGUCGGGCAGCACCUGGCAUGUUGGGUCUGUCAGAAAUCCUGAAGAAGGCACCACCACCGCGGCGACAGGAAACCCCAAGCACCCAGGCUUGUUGAUGGAGCUGGAAAACACACAACUUGACCGUCGAGCGCUCCUUCGAACGAUAGGUGGCGCGCUCGCCUCGUUAGCCUCGGCGUCUGCGCUCACGGCGAGCCCGCAACAGGCGGCGGCGGCGGGUACGGCGGUGGGGAGGCGGCCGGGGGCAAAGCGAUCGCCCACGUUCUUGUGCGACGACGCGGUGUCGUACCUCUACAACCCGACCAAGCAGUCCGAGGUUUGGCUCGUGGGGACGGCUCACAUAUCGAACUCCAGCGCAACCCUGGUAGAGAAUGUGAUCCGACAAAUCAAGCCUCAGGUCGUGAUGGUUGAGCUCGACGCACAGAGGGUCGGCAGCUUCAUGAAGCCGUCAAAGCAGGGAGAAAAGACUCUGGCUGAUGGUACCGGCAAGGAGAUAGCGCCCCCCGCCGAGAGAACAAGAAACCCUUUUUUCGGCGCGUUCUUCAAGCAGCUGCUCGACCCUAAGGUGCCUGUCAACGACAGAAUAACAGAUUUUUUCGCCGCGGCGUUGGGGAAGGCCAUCUCCAAGAUGUACGAGUCCAUGGACCAAAAGGGGCUGUCGUCUGGACAGGAAUUCACCAUUGCCAUCAACGAAGCCAGAGCCUGCGGCGCGAAGCUCCUUCUCGGGGAUAGGGAUGUUCGGAUCACUCUUCGCCGACUGUCGGAGGCGCUGAGAAAAAUUGACCUGCAAAAGAUCUCACAGUCGGGCCAGAUGGAAACGGGGUUGGGCCUCGAGGCGCUGGAUGGCUCCAGCGUCGAAUCGAUCAACUCUAGUCUUGAUAUCCUGAAGAACCGCGAGACGAUGCGGAAGGUGAUCGGCUUCUACAAGGAGGAGGCUCCUGAGCUGUACAACGCCAUGAUCGGCGAGAGAGAUAAGGUAAUGGCCGUAAACCUCAUGGGCCUCGAUGGCAAACAGGUGACCGUCGCUGUCGUGGGACUGGCGCACGUGGACGGCAUCGAGGGGAUCCUAAUGGCCAAUGGUUGGAAAUGUCAGCGAUGUUGACGCGACGAAGAGACAGUUGACCCGUGGCUGUUUCAAGCCUUGGCUGUUCAACGAGUACAGCAGUGGCGUUGUGUUCCUGCUGGAAGAAUUGUUGUGCCGUGGCGAUGAAAGGUGGCUCGCAUAGUCGGGUGGUGGUGCGAAAUCUCACACGUCGGCCUUGAGGCUUUCAUCGUUGAGCCAGUGGUCGACCCCGGUUGCAGGCGUUUAGAUGGCACCGUGGAGAAUCCAGCAGUUUGGUAAAAUUGAGAUCAAUUAAGAAUGUCACCAUCGUUCUCCCUGUUCGACACUUACCCUUAGGACACCUCGUAGCUAUACCGAGGGUCUCCCAUCGCUUGAACGUUGCGGAUGAUACAGCGGACUCGUUAGAAGGACGCGGCGAAUCUGGAUAACAGAACAUGCCGUUGCGCUGUUCCAUUCUUAGUGUGCCCGUGCUCUGGGCUGACUAACACAUCACGAAACAAGACACUUUUUUUCAAUCACGUGUACACAGCGCUCACACCUCGCACAGCAUUUCUGCCGUAUGGGAACUCCAAUCCGCGGUCGCACGAAGGUUUCUUUCUUUUCUUUGUCGGGCAUAGCGGGGCUGGCAUUCCAUCGUCGGACGUGCGUGUGAUGUCAAGCAUGACAAACAAUACGCCGGACCACGCCAGCACCCGAAUCGUGAACCCUUUGGUGGCCGACCGACCAUAUGUGCCGUGAGAUUGUGCGGUGCAGGCCCAGUUUCUGGAAUCGGCGAACUACGAUCAGGGCAUCGAUCGGGUCGCCCUGGAUUGCCCCCCACGGCUCCCUCCCGUUCUUGUGUGUGUAUUGUGUUUCACAGGACGCCCUUAUGCGACGUUGGCGACAAUAUGUCGGGCAGUGCUUUCCCGGCGAGUGAAACCCGCGAUGUAUCCCUCGGAAGAUUGCUGCCGUCUAAGCAGUCCAAGUUCUAGCGUCCCGUCUUCGCCGUAGCUUCUCCCGACUUACGAAGGGUUUCGUCCGUGUUCCAUACUCGGAAGACGAUGGCGUGAGACGGUUCAACGACGUGAAGGACUCUAGGAAGACCCGUCCAGUUUGAAUGGCUCUUCCGGCGAUGAGAUCAGCAAAACGGUCCAGUUUUCGCGCGGACCGCACGCAUAGGCUCUGUGUCGACUGAUGGCGUUUUAUCCAUGCUGCCAUUUCCGGCCGCGGCGGCGGCGGCUGCCACGAAAGCGCCCUCCCCCUCCGGUGUUUGGUCUUCCCGAUAACAACCGGUUGUCGUGGGAGAUAUGAUAAACCUCCCGCAUGUUGUGGCGUCGGACAAGGGUGAAGAAGUGAAUCCUGAUACGAUUUGGUUGGUCGCAACGGAACCUGAGACUGACAGCCUCUUUUGUGGCCAUGGAUCCAGAGGGUUAUCAUGACCCAAGGGGUGUCUUGCUUGAAAGUGCUACCAUGGAUGUGCUAUGUAAGAUAAUGUUACACCACUAGACUAGUCAGCGCUGACCAUUCUAAUGGUUUAACAUUUGGCGAUAGAAGACAUACGCUCAGCCCAUGCUGGAUCACUUGGGUCUACGGCUUUUGAGAGCGAAGAUCUCCGGGGACGGACCCAUCGCCAGACGACGCUGAUAGUUCUAGGUGCAUUUUUUGUACAGAAUAAUAGUGAUCCAGCCGGUAUUUGAACACGUGAGGGUAUCCUUCGGAGCAUGAAGGCUGACCAUUUGACUACAUGCAAAGUCAUCCUUAUCGUCAAACGUUAAACCAUUGGACUAGUCAGCGCUGACUAGUCUAGUCUAGUGGUGUAACUUUAUCUUACAAAAUAUAUGCUCAGAGCUCAUUUGCACCCCGCUGGAUCACAUUUUUGGGUUCGUGAGUAGAGAUUUCCGGAGACGAACCCCUCGCCAGACGCUGCCUGAAAAGAACUUAAUGGUGCUUGGGAAAGUGACCAAUCGGGUUUGUGCGUGAAUCCUUUAUCGUCAAAUGUUAAAACCAUUGGAUAAGUCAGCGCUGACUAGUCUAAUGGUAUAACGUUCGAAUCCUAGUGGCCUAGUGGAUCGCUUUCGAGGCACCACUGUCGGCUACUAGCAGCAUCUUAUGGCGAGGAGGGGUCCGUCCCCGGAAAUCACUACACCCUAUCAGAUCCACUGGGAUUGGCUACGAGCCGAGAGUGUAUCUGUUAUUAGUUAACCCUUUGGAGUCGUCGGCCGGUCUGAGUGAUCAUUGAUUGAUCAUUUUAUCCUUUUUUUUUUUUAUCGAGCUGAACAGACGGUCUAGUCGUGUAGGGGAGGAUAGGAAACCACCCCGAACCCGCACGCAAAGGAGUUAGUUGUACAGCACAGCUAGCCAGAGCGAGGGCACGCCACACACACGCCACACGUAAACCACGAGGAGGUGCGCCGAGAGCUCAUGGGGAGGCAUCUACACCCCGCGUGGUCUGCCUUGUCUAAAGGGGCGGCGUUGUUGGUAGCGCUU